AUGCCUUUUCUCCCCAUCGCAGCCUCACUUUUGAGCGUCGUGGCUUCGGCUUCGAGCUUGAGCUUCAAUAUUCCGGCAUCCCCGCCUUCCAAUUCGAGUAAGCAGCUAUCUGCAGCCCCCGUUGGCGUAUCUCUGGAGUUCUUUGCGUUUCCCGAAUACAUUCAACAUGUCGAAUCAACAAAGACCUGUUUGCAGAACCUGAAGGAUUUGACCGGAACAUGGCCGCCGUUGAGAAUCGGAGGCACGACUCAGGAUCGGGCGACGUAUGAUAGCUCAUCGACCGAGGCUGUCACCUACAAAGUGGCCAGCGCCGGUGCUGCGCCAGCGACUCUGACCUACGGCCCAUCCUUUAUUUCGUUGGCGGCAAGUUACGCCGGAGAAGUCAUUAUGGGAUUGAAUCGCCGAUUGGAUGAUCUCUCGAACACCAUUGCGGCCGCACGUCUCGUCCAGCGCCAAAUGGACAACCUGUACUCCAUUGAACUGGGAAAUGAGCCGACCUUUUUCGUUGACAGCGAUCCUAUUGCCAAUGGCAACCCCUGGACAGCGGCAGUUGAUGAAGCAUCCCAAGUGAGCUGGCAAGAUGCGGUGUGCGGAAAUCUCUCUGCAACUGAUCUCAUUUCAGCAGGUGUUUACUUUGGCACUUCACCCAUGAACCUCGUAGGCCUCACCGCAAAAGAAGGGGAUGCGAAUGAUUAUGUGAAAGAUUAUUGUUCUCACAACUAUCCGCAAUCAGCGGGCUCCUACAACCUGGCCAAACUUAUGGAACACAGCAAGAUUGCCACCCAGAUUGAGCCUUUCGCUUCUGAGAUCGCUGCUGCUGCUGGCAAAGGCAAGCCGCAUAUCUUCGGCGAGACUAACUCCGCAACCCAAGGUGGUGGUGGCAUUAGCCCGACUUUUGGGGCUGGUCUCUGGAUUCUGGACUACGUGAUGCAGACCGUCGUCAAGGGCACAAAUGCCCUCUAUUUCCACCACGGUACCAUUGGAAAUUGCCAAUACUGCUGGUGGGGCCGCUACAACAUAGGUUCCCCUUACUACGGCGCUUAUUUUGCGACCAUGACACUCGCCCACGCCGAUCAGAUUGCACCUCUAGAUAGCCAGGAUACCGCCUACGCGGCCUACGCCAUCUACACAGCCGGAACCCCGGUAAGGGUCCUACUCUACAAUUCAGACUACUAUAUCUCUACUAGCGGAACGCGUUCGUCCCAGAUUUACACCCUGUCUGGGCUUUCGUCCGCCAGUCUCACUGCUAAACGACUGACUGCCCCUUCCGCGACAUCUCGGGUCGAUCAGGGCCAGAACCCGACCGUUGCUGGCCAGACAUUUGCCAAUGGCACUUGCACUAUUCAGGGUAAAGAGAGCGUGGAGACCGUCACUGUCUCUGGCGGGAAAGCAACCUUCACGGUUGCCGCUUCCGAAGCACUUCUGGUUUACCUGUAA